CAACUUUGCUGAAAAUCCCAGGUGUUCUGCACCUACUGAUUUUGUUCGAUUAUCCAAUGAAAAAUGCUGCCAGUAAAUUCUAUCUGAAGGAACAACCAAUCACAUGGAGGACAUCUGUUACAAACCUGCUGAGAUGCUGGAGCCAUUAUUGCUUUCAUGUCUCGCGUGCAUUUUGCCAUCCUUAGUUUGUCUAUCUUAGAUUAUUUUGGGUCUUCUGGUUUUUGAACCUCAUUUUCCUUUUUCCGUGACAAAUGUGAAGGAAAUUCGAAUUUAUUGGUAGUGAUCAAAAUUGUGAACCUUUUGCAGAAAAUAAUUAAAAAUGAGUCGUCUGCUGAAAAUUCAGUCACGUGUACUUAAAAAUUUGCUGAAUGCUGUAACAAAGCCGACAUGCUUCGCUUCUAGCGGCAACCGCUCCCUGCACAUCCAGGUAGACAGACGGUCUGCCAAACAGACAGACAGCUCUUCCAAGGUGUACCCGGUGGUAGACCACACUUACGAUGCCGUGGUUGUGGGUGCAGGAGGUGCAGGACUACGUGCGGCCUAUGGUCUGGUGCAGGAAGGCUUCAAAACGGCCGUCAUCACAAAACUCUUUCCCACCAGGUCGCAUACAGUUGCUGCUCAAGGAGGAAUCAAUGCGGCUUUAGGUAAUAUGGAAGAGGACAAUUGGCAAUGGCACAUGUACGAUACUGUAAAAGGUUCCGAUUGGCUGGGAGACCAAGACGCCAUUCACUAUAUGACACGAGAAGCACCACAGGCUGUCAUCGAACUAGAAAAUGCUGGUAUGCCCUUCUCUAGGACGCAGGAGGGAAAAAUUUACCAGAGAGCUUUCGGUGGUCAGAGCUUGAAGUUCGGCAAGGGAGGCCAAGCGCAUAGAUGUUGCUGCGUAGCAGACAGGACUGGACACAGUCUGCUACAUACACUAUAUGGGCAGAGUUUGAAAUAUGAUUGUAAUUACUUUGUCGAAUACUUUGCCUUGGAUUUAUUGAUGGAAGAUGGGGAAUGCAGAGGUGUGAUCGCAUUAUGUCUUGAAGAUGGCACACUUCAUAGGUUCCAUGCUAAAAACACGAUUCUAGCGACUGGCGGUUACGGCAGAGCGUACUUCUCUUGCACAUCGGCGCAUACCUGCACUGGUGACGGCAACGCGAUGGUCUCCAGAGCUGGAUUGCCUUGCCAGGAUCUGGAAUUCGUUCAGUUCCAUCCUACUGGAAUCUACGGAGCUGGAUGUCUCAUGACAGAAGGAUGCAGAGGAGAAGGGGGAUACCUUGUUAACUCAAACGGCGAAAGGUUCAUGGAGAGAUAUGCUCCUGUUGCAAAGGAUCUAGCUUCAAGAGACGUUGUGUCUAGAAGUAUGACUAUCGAGAUCAGAGAAGGUCGCGGUUGUGGUCCAGAAAAAGACCACGUCCACCUGCAGCUUCAUCACUUACCGGCCGAACAACUUGCCCAACGACUACCCGGUAUUUCUGAAACGGCCAUGAUCUUUGCUGGCGUAGACGUCACCAGAGAGCCCAUCCCCGUACUACCAACGGUACAUUACAACAUGGGUGGAGUGCCAACCAAUUACAAAGGACAGGUACUGGCAACUGUGAAUAACCAGGACAAAGUGGUACCUGGCCUGUACGCGUGUGGAGAGGCUGCAUCUUGCUCCGUCCAUGGUGCAAAUCGUCUUGGAGCGAAUUCUCUUCUUGAUCUUGUUGUUUUUGGAAGGGCGUGUGCUAAGACCAUCGCUGAAGAAAACAGACCGGGAGAAUCGAUUGGGCCUUUGAAAGACAAUUCUGGCGAGGCGUCGGUAGCGAACUUGGAUUGGUGCAGAUUCGCAAAUGGCCCCCAACCUACGGCUUCACUGCGUCUACAGAUGCAGAAGACUAUGCAGAACCAUGCAGCUGUAUUCAGGACAGAGGAAACGUUGAAGGAAGGAUGCAAGAAGAUGGGCGAGCUCUAUAAAAACCUGGAAGACGUGAAGGUUGCCGAUCAUAGUCUCAUUUGGAACUCAGAUCUGGUAGAAACACUGGAACUUCAAAACUUGAUGUUGAAUGCCUGUCAGACGAUCGUGGGUGCCGAAAACAGGAAGGAAAGUCGAGGUGCGCAUGCCAGAGAGGACUACAAAACCAGAAUAGAUGAAUUUGAUUACAGCAAGCCUUUGGAAGGACAGCAGAAGAAACCAAUGACAGAGCACUGGAGAAAGCACACCCUGACAUGGAUAGACCCCAAGACAGGCCAGGUAACCAUCAAAUACAGACCUGUGAUAGAUCAGACUCUGGACUUGAGCGAGUGCAAGACUGUACCUCCAGCGAUCAGAUCCUACUAAAUGGAAGAAAAUCGAAAGAAAAGACAACGCGAACUAUUAAAGUGAUGUGUGCUAUCGAUAGUACAAACGUUAUCCUAUUUUCCACGAGAAUUUCACGCUAACUCAUUUUUUAUCCGUACGGUGUUCACAAGUUUUUGACAGGAGUAAGAGGAAAAGUCGGCAUAUUAUCUAUGCUCAGUUGCUACAGUUUCGAUCAAACCAUUACUUCGCCGUGUAUCGUUAAGAUUCAAGUAUUGCACAAUUUAGAUGUAGAGUGUAAUUUAUUUUGAGAAUUUAGGCGUAAGAACAUCUACAUUGAUAUGUAUUAUGUGAACUUCAGUGUAUUACCUUUGUGCAUGUAUUAUGAUUUGUCAAGACUUGAAAAGUCGAUACGUUAAAAUAAAUUAUUUUUAACUCAA